UUAUAGGCAGUGAACCAAUCAGCACGCUAACAGUCGCGCAUGCGCAGUGGAUCACUCGGAUGUCCUGGCGGUAAAAACGAAGAGAAAAUGUCAACAAACUAAUAGUGUGACAGAAGCUGAGAGAGAUUUUUUUGUUGUUUUGAACGAGAAACAUCCAGAUGUCUGAGAGGACAGAUCGUGUGUUUGUCUCAUCUCUGGGCAAAGGAGACAAUUUACAUCAACAAGUGUUAUCAGCAUUCCCUUUGUGUCAGAUGACAGAGGAGGAUCUGAUCCAGAACCCUCAGUUCUGCAAGCUUCUGGCGACUCUGUCCCAGCAUGUGGACCGAACCGGACUCACACAGCACCUGAGGAGGGACCUGGAGAAGGCCGAGCGUGAGCUGCACUCUCAGAGACUGUCUUGGCUGCGUGUGGAGAGCGUUCAUCGGCUUCUGCGAGAGAUCGUCCAGGAGAAUCGCUUCAGUAAAGUCUCCAGCGCUCGGACAGCGGAGGACAAGUUCUUCAGCACACUGGAGCAGUGUUUGGCGGUGGGUCAGUGUGUGAGACAGAUGGACAUCAGCUCUGACAUCAGUGAACAUCACAGUGGCGUUCUGGGACUGACAGCAGACAGAGUCAAGAGACAGAUGCCUCCUGAACAGGACAUCAUGCAAAUGAAGCAGAGGUUACCAUCAGAACUCCUGCAACAUCUGAAGAGGAAGGCCGCCAAUAUCCUCACAUACUAUCAGCCUGAGUGGGAGAAUGAAAGCGAGGGUCUCAGGAGUGUGAAGCUUUCUAAACUUCCUGAACUGCUGGACGGUGAACAGAAGAAAGCAAAGAGCCUCUCUGAGAGAAACAGAGAGAACGCCACGUUACUGCAGAGACAAACUCACGCGUACCUGUCUGAGCUGCUGAAGUGUGUGAACAUCCUUCAGUGUCUCGUCCUGGAUCUCCGGCUGAAGGCUCAGAAAGAUCUAGACAGGAAGAAGAUCGAGUACUUUGAGGCCAAAUGUGAGAUCGGUUUGCAGAAGAUAAGAGCCGAGAUGCUUGAAGUUCAACUGGACACCUACACAAGAGACAAGAUAGCGGCUCAUAAGAAAAUAACGGAGAAGCUCAACGCCGAGCUGAAGACCUCAGAGAUGGACAAACAGGCGGUCGAGUCCAAACUGGCGUCCUUUGAGAUCUACGGCAAGGAUUUCGAGGCUCUUGCAGAGGAAUAUUCUAGACUACGACAAGAAAUCGCCACUAAAUCUUGGGCUCUGAAGGAGUUCUCCACAUGAAUGGAGGAAAUGAUGUCAUGCUGUUGUUUUACUAUUGUUGAAUUAAUUUGUUAUUGUUGACCAUUUUAUAUUGUUAAUUUACUAAUUAACCAGUCACAUUCAACAAGUACAGGUUUGUCAGCUACUGUGUUAAUAAAUAAAAAAAAUCAAAUUAGA